GAACGUAUGUUUAUUCGUCUUUAUUUGACAUCGUACAAUGUACACACAUGAGUUAUUUGGAGUAAAUAUUUGUAUACCCUCGUAAGUUUAGUAUACAAAAUAUUUACUCUAAUUAUAAUAAUGCACUUAUUCAUUAAUCCAGCAAUUCGGGAUAGAAACAGACCUAUUAGACUGUACCAGACCAUCUGUGACUGUAUCUAUUAUUAUUUUUAUUAGUCUAGGAUCUACAGUUUUCAAUAAUGGUUCGAUUGAUUAUGUUAAAAGUCGUCAAAAUGAUUCACCUAAAAUCCAAUCAAAUUCAGAAAGAGUAAAUUCAAAACUUUUCAUAUACAGACGUCUCGUCUUUCUAUUAGCUACUUUAUUACAUUUCCUUUCAUCAUCAUUAUUAAAGAACGUCUCAACUAUUAAACUAUUAUGCACUACUUGAAGAUAACAGAAUUUAAAAUUAAAUACAAUCACCACUAGCUUCACAUAGUGUAUGAUGCAUUUAUCUCGAAAACGAAGGCAUACGUUUAAUACAUCUAAAUGUAAAAUGUGCAAUGCUACUUUUUCAUACGAGUACGUGACACUAUUUAAAUUUACAUUAAUUUUUUAUUUCUGUAUUGAGAAUCUUCAGGACUAGCCUGUAUUACCGAUAGAUUAACUUUCUCGUUUUAUUUGUAAUAAAGUCUGUAAUCAAUGUAUAAAAUACUUAUCGCGCGCGUGGUCGACGCGCGACUGAUCCACGCGACCGUGCUGCAGCAGCUGCAACCGCGGUGUGUGCACGUCCCGAUCUCUACGCAUGACGCCACGCGCAGACGCGUUCGUCGCUCAUGCCGCCACUCUACUUACACAGUUGCGCCAGAGUAAUGGCGUCUGCAACCACGCGCUUACGCCGUCCUCGCCGGCUUCUAUCUCCACGCCUCUGCCUCGCCUCCGCCUCCGCCUCCACCGCCACCGCCUCUGUUCUCUCGGCUCGUGGGUAACCGAGGCGAAGGACCUUCAAUCCUUUACUCCAACGUUGAGCUACGGUCUGCACCAUAUGUUACACAUACCUCCUCCAUUUUUGCACCCAUUGGACCAUCGCUUACCUUUUGGUAGUUUCCGUCCUUUGGGUCCAUCCGCAUUCGGACCUCCUUCAAAGUGUUUGAAGAUAGAAACCUCUUCCUCAUUCUCUAACAUCUCCAGUAUGUUCUCCUCUUCUUCCUUGUCCUCUGCCGGCGGAGGUGUUUCUGGAAGCAAUAUCGGAGGAAUGGGACCAGAAGUGGGGCCUCAAAGUCCCCAAGGAUCACCCAACGGUGGUUCGCCGAUAAUCGAGAGGGAGAGGGGGCAAAUUAAUGAGGAAGAGGAAAGAGAAACACCUGGAUCGGAAAAUACGGAGAGGUCCACGCCUGAGGAGGGACGACCCUAUAGACUGGGGCCCGUGUUUGGGGGCCGAUGCGCCGCGGAAGCGUUAGGCUUAGGCCUUGGAUUGGCCUAUAGAUUCGCUCUGCCCCCGGGACUCGCUGCCAAGUGCUGCCUUGAGCAAGCUAAAAAGAAGUAUCCUUCGGAUUUUUCUUGCUGCCCCGUGUGCGGCGUCAGCGUUCGUCCUCAAGAACUGGAACAUCAUUUCGCCCAGGAACUGGACAGACUGUUUAAGAUCAGUGCCAAUUCGCGUAAUCGCAUGUCCAGGUCGAAUUUGAUCCAAGGACAUAACAGCCAGGAUCACCCAGGACGAGGAGGAGGCAUUAUCUACGGAGAUGGAACGCCACAGGGGAGGUGGGAGACUUACAAGAGGAUUAGAGCUAAUAGGCAGGCUCGAAUUCGAAUUAAAAACCGGAAACGCAAGGCUGGCGAUCCUUGCUGUCCCGUCUGUAAUGAUCGCUCAUCCGGCACACCCGAAGAAUUAAAUCAGCGUGUCGAGAACACCUACGGUCAUCAAUUGAACAAGCAGAACAACAACUGUAAUGCAACUAAUGUAGAAGAAGAGGAGAUUGAUGUGGAAGGCGAUUCGGAAACUGUUGAGGAAUAUGAAUGGUCUGGCCAGAGGGUUCGAGCGGGUACGAUGCUUGUUGGAGGAUUUUCUGCUGCGAGUCUUGCUACCUCUUCGACAAUCCGGUCCUCAACCUCCAACCCUCAAGAAGACGACGAAAUCGAUUUAAUCGUCGACGGUGAUACGACAGACUUCGGAUCGACCCAGUAUUCCGAAUCUGAUACGAUAACUCUCCAGAACGAACGCACCUUUAGAGAACACAAAGAAAGGGAGGCUCAAAGGGAAGCAGUUAUGUCGCCGAACAAUCCUCAAACCCCGGAACAGAGCGGUCGAACUUCAAUAGAAAUAAAAAAUCAAAGUGGUCGAAGUCAAAGUUCCAUCGGGAUGAGAAGCCAAAAUCAAAAUUCGAUCGGGAUCAGGAACCAAAGUCAAAGUUUAAUGGAAAUUAGAAAUCAAAAUCAAAUGGAGAUUAAGAAUCAAAGCGGCCAAAGUCAAAAUACUGUUAAGAUAAAGAACGAGCCCGGAAUCAACAAUAUUUCGAGUCAAAAUACCAAUUUAAAUUUGUGUAUAAAUUCAAAUCUGAAUUUAGAUUUGGAUUUAAGUAAAGAUAGUGAAGGGGCGAAGGGCUUAACGAGGAGUCAGGGACCUGGUGGUAGCAUCGAGAGGGAGGACAGGAGAGUCGGCGGGGGGGAUGCAGGGGAUGGGGUUUAAGCGUUUAUUUUGUAUGGAACAACAUAAAACCCCAUUACUUCCGUCUACUGUUGGCACGUACACUACGAACGAUGUUGGUUACACGCACUGGUCACACAAGGACAACCAGAGCACGAGUAUUCAACAUUCGUAAUUGACCAUCACCAAUCUGAACAGAGUAAGAAUAUAACCAGAAUCCUGUGGCUAUAGGGUGAGCUAUACAACAAUAUCCAAUUCCGAUUCUCAUCAGAUAGCUAACAACAUUCAAAAUCAAUACGUUUUAUUAUAUUGAAUAUACAGUGACGGACAUUCACAUGGGAAAACAUCUAAUACAACCCUAAAUUCCCUUAGUUAUACCAGUAUAGAUUAGAUUCCUAUUAACUGGUAUAAUAUAACAUUUAAGUAUGGUAUUCAUACAUAAAUGAGCCGUAGGUAAAAAUUUCUCCUACCAGAGAUCCUACAUGAUGAAUUUCCUUACUUGUACAUGGUGCGCCCCAAUAUUCAUGAUAUAUCGAGGAGUAAGCGAUACAUGAAAAAAUACAUUAAAACUGUGAAUCGUUCUUGCGUAGUUAUCGAAGGAUACGAAAGAUAUACAGAAUAUGUUUUAAAUUUUACUUAUUUUUUCAUGCAAUAUCAUACCCUUCUGGAUCGUAUCAUGAAUAGUGGAGCAUUCUGUAUAUUCGAAAUGUAAAACAAUAGUGAAUUGUAAAUUAAUAUAAAUAAACCGUUCGCUAUAUGUAUGUAAUAUAUUGUACGAUUCAGAAGAGGAACGUUCCUCUAAUGCGUGAUCGCUGUGUAACCAGAAAAAAACUACCUCUAAAUUCAAUCCGUUUGUACUAAUGACUUUUAUUUGUAGUUAUUAUUUGUUGUCGUUAAUAAACCAUUCAAAUCAGAAAUUAGGAAAUUAUUAACAGUAAA